AUGGAAGAAGAAAUUUUAUAUAAAAUUAUUUUAGUUGGUGAAAGUGGUGUUGGAAAAUCAAGUAUAUUAGUUAGAUUUACAGAUAAUACAUUUAGUCAACAUUUCGCACCAACUUUGGGAGUAGAUUUUAAUGUAAAAACAAUUAGAAAUAAAGAGACAGGACAAACAGUUAAAUUACAAUUGUGGGACACUGCAGGUCAAGAAAGAUUCAAAUCAAUUACACAAACAUUUUAUAGAGGAUCACAUGGUGUUAUUGUAGUAUACGAUGUUACAGAUCCAAAAUCAUUUGAAAGAUGUAAAAAUUGGGUAGAGGAUAUUAAUCAAUACACUCAAGAUGGUAUGAUCAUCAUUUUAGUUGGUAAUAAAUCCGAUAUGGUAGCUCAAAGAAAAGUUACUUUUGAACAAGGUCAAGAAAUGGCUGAACAAUUAAAAACUAAAUUUUUAGAAGUUUCUGCAAAAGAAAAUAAUGGUGUAACUCAAGUUUUCGAUUUAUUAGUUCAAGAUAUUGAAGCAACAAUGAAGAAUAGUAAAGUGGCACAAAACCAAUUAAAUUUAAAUUCAGAAGUUGGUCAAAAGAGAGGCUGUUGUUAA